AUGAGCGACCUCUUAAAUUACAUCCUCAACAACGAGGAGGCCUUUCGAAGAAAUCGCCUACCAUCCUUAUACUCCGAUUUUACCCUUCAAAAGCAGACAAAUCCAGACGGGUAUGCCGUCAACGUUGCGGCAUGGGAACAAGCCCUGAACAGGGCUGCCAAGCGUGGCUACACAUCUUCGCGAGGAACUCGUGCACGCUCGGGGUCUCUUUCGUCACAGAAAGGUGCCGACUCCAAGAUAACCGAUCACCUUAUCCUGCGAACGGAUGAGUCGCUAUUACGAGAUUUGGAACUUCCAGAGUGGGGGAGACCCGUUGCCUUGGGAGCAGUAAUUGAAGAGGCUAUGAAAAAGCAUUCUAUGGUUCCUUUGCCUAUCUUUAUGACGACUGCGGGGAGUUUGCGCAAAAGUCAGUGGAGGCUUAUUGAUCCUGGAGCUUUGAGCCCGCUGAAUAUUAUAAAUUGGGGGUUCCGCCAGUUGAAAGGAUUUGUGAUUGGCGAGAGCGAUACUUCACCAAAACUGCAGGUGCAAGAACUGGUAUUGGGUCAGAAUUUGGAGGAAGCUGCAAAUUUGACUAUUAAAAAGGCGAUGGCCGGGAAUCCUUCCAAGCUUGAUCUUAUAUGCUCGAAGGAAAGCUUUACUGAGAAUUUUGCGACUAUUCUACAUGAUGCCACUGAGCUCUCUAGUUCUGAUUUUGACGUUCUUUUGCUGUAUCUUUCGCGCGACUGUGGCGUCAUUGCAUAUGAUGGAAAGACUGUCAAGUUCAAGUCAGGGGAUGAGUGUCCACAGAUCACUCAUCAGGAUACUACCAUUGCCUCAAUCAAGACACUUCUAUCUACGAUAUCAAAACAGGUCAUGAAUCUAGAAGCAAAAAUUGCUGGCUUGACAGCAUCUGCCAAGACGGCUCUCGCUAAUAAAAAUCGCAUCUCGGCAUUGUCGGCUGUCAAGUCCAAGAAGAUGGUUGAGUAUAAUCUCUCUCAACGACUUGCCACGCUGGCGCAGCUCGAAGAGGUUUAUUCCAAGAUUGAGCAGGCUGCUGACCAGGUGGAGAUUGUGCAAGUAAUGGAAGCAAGUACUGGUGUUCUUCGUGGAAUGCAUACCAAGAUCGGCGGUGCCGAGCGUGUCGAAGAUGUGGUCGAGGAGUUGCGUGAGGAGAUGGCCAAGGUCGAUGAGAUCGGAAGUAUCAUGAGCGAAGCUGGGCCGGUCAUUGAUGAGGGUGAGAUCGAUGACGAGCUUGAAGCGCUGGAGAAGGGCGAUCGCGAGGCAAGAGAAGAGAAAGAGGCAGAGGAAACUCGGAAGAAGCUUGCCGAGUUGGACAGCACAAAACAAGCGUCAGAUGAGGCGGCUCGCAAAGCACAGGCAUCAAAAGACCUGGAAUCUGAGCUGGCAAACAGCAUUGACAGGCUCUCGAAUAUGUCGGUGGAAGACCAGCCGUUGAACGCAAAAUGA